CGCAGGAUGUGCCUUUGUUUAUGGAGAUCAGCUGUGCCCCCCAAAACAUCCGCGUCACCCUUCCCUCGCGAAAUCAGCAGCAACGAGCCACGCUGCUAUUUUCGUCGGAUAAAGGUCAACCGAACGCGGGGACGAUCGAGUAGCGUGGUCGUUGCACGUGCUGCACCGUGCCGCAUCCGUUGUUCGUGCGAACAGCUCUAAGGAAAACUUUCUCGAGAAGAGAAAAAAAAACAAAGUUUUAUAACGGAGAGAAACCCGACCUGAUUUAUUGCCUGGGUUUAAUGCCUGAAAAAGAGCAAGAAGGAGAGAGAGAGAGAGAGAGAGAAAAAAAAGAAAAGUUUUUCUUUGUAUUUUUUUCCUAGAAAAAAUUUCCUAGAAAAUUCAGGCUAUUUGCCUUUUGUCACAUUUCCUCUCGGAGCAUCCCCUCCUGAAGCUUUGUUGUUUCGUGCGAGAGGGGCGACAAGUGUCGUAAUGCACGCUAGACUUUUAGACUCUUUGUUCCUCUCGGAUCAUCCGUAGGUGCUCACUAUUCGGGGAACAAGUAGGCGCGAAAGAGAAGUGUGUCGCACAUUAAUGUAACGUUGAAAUAGUUCAAGGCGAGGUGCACGAUUUGAUGAGUAAUCGGGUGAUCGAUGUUGAAAUAAUCAGAUGCUUGUGGGGCAACCAUCAACUGGUAGCUAAAUAAACUUUAUGACAUGAAAGAAUGAAACGAGAAACUGUCAUUACCUGUGUAGAGCCUGACCGACGAGCGCAAACGAUGACGACGGUACUGGACAGUAGCUAUCAACGCAUACAGCCUUACGAGGGACAAGAGGAGGACGCAGACGAUGAGGACGAUCGCGAAGAAGCGCCUCAGGAAUCAGGUGUCAUCAUCCAUGUCGUACCGGAGGGUAAUAAAGCGCGAUGGAAUCACAUCGAGGAUCUGGACUCAUUCUUUACGCGAAUGUACCACUAUCACCAGCAGCAUGGCUUCGUCUGUAUGAUGCUCACAGAAGUUUUGGAAUUGUUGCAAUUCUCUUUUGUAGUCUCAUUCGUUACUUUUCUCUUUCACUGCAUUGACUACAGCAAAUUAUAUAGUGGUGGUGGUGGAGAUGGUAACGAAACUAGCCACAGAAGCGAUGCUAUAAUGUGCGUCGGUGAUUGCAUUAAGACAAUCUCUUCGUUUUAUUGGGUACUUCUUGUGGUCGCGAUAAUCUUCUUUACUCUCCAACUUCUCAAAGUUUUGUACCAUCUAAUGCAGUUCUGGGAGAUUAAAAUGUUCUUCAAUACCGCACUCAAAAUUGGCGAUAACGAGCUAGACAAUUUUACAUGGCAUGAGGUCCAGAAGCGAGUGAUAGAAGUGCAAAAAGAACAAGAGAUGUGCGUUCAUAAAAGAGAACUCACGGAAUUAGAUAUAUACCAUAGGAUAUUAAGACACAAAAAUUACAUGGUAGCUAUGAUCAAUAAAUCCCUCUUACCCGUACGACUCAAAGUCCCAAUUAUAGGGGAAGUCAUUUUUUUGACACGAGGAUUGAAAUAUAAUAUGGAAUUAUUAUUAUUUUGGGGACCAUGGUCACCAUUCGAAAAUAAUUGGCAUCUAAAGGAGGAUUAUAAAAAGCUGAGUAAGAGGCAAGAACUCGCGCGAUCGCUAUCUAAAAAUAUUCUAUGGCUCGGUAUCGCAAAUUUACUCUUGUUUUUCCCUAUUCUUUUGUGGCAGAUUCUCUAUACGUUUUUCAAUUACGCCGAGACUAUUAAACGAGAACCAGGCGUCUUGGCAAUGCGAACGUGGUCCCUCUAUGGUCGAUUGUAUCUGCGUCAUUUCAACGAACUCGAUCACGAAAUGAACGCGCGUCUCAGUCGUGCGUACCGUCCCGCUUCAAAAUACAUGAGCAGCUUCACAUCCCCGAUAAUGACGAUACUUGCGAAGCAGAUUGCGUUCAUCACCGGUAGCAUAUUGUCGGUGUUGCUGGUUAUAACGUUGAUCUACGAGCCGACAUUCUCGAUGGAGCGUGUGGUCGCCCUUAUGACCAUGUUGGGUGCAGUAGCGGCAGCCGCGAAAGCAAUUGUACCCGAUGAGAAUCUAGUUUGGUGUCCCGAGACUCUUUUAACCGCUGUACUGGCCCACACACAUUACAGACCAGACAGCUGGAGAGGAACCGCUCACACGCAUACUACCAGAGCUCAAGUGGCGCAGCUGUUCCAAUAUCGCGCGGUGCACCUCCUGGAAGAGCUGGUUUCUCCAUUUGUGACGACGUAUAUUUUGUGCUUCCGUAUGAGACACCGAGCCUUAGAGAUCGUAGACUUUUUUCGUAACUUCACGAUCGAAGUGGCUGGAGUCGGUGACGUGUGUAGUUUCGCUCAGAUGGAUGUACGUAAGCAUGGCAAUCCCAUGUGGCAGACUGUGGCGCACAGUCCUACGGUCUCACCGCUGCCAGAAGAUCAUAGCGCGGGAUAUGACAAUCAAUAUGGUAUCGAUCCGGAUAAAUAUCACGUACCGAUGUCGAAUCAUUACACUCAGGCUGAGGACGGCAAAACCGAAUUAUCCCUCAUACACUUCACUCUGACGAAUCCCGAAUGGAAGCCGCCGUCCCAUGCGGAAAAUUUCGUAACUGCUCUGAGAGAAAGAGCUAAGAAGGAAGUUACUGCCGACCCUGAUCCUUACAACAAUCCCCUGAUAGCUAGUUUGAACAGCUUGUCCGGUCUUGGCUAUAAAGAUCAUGUGUCGAAUAUUAUUCGAAGCACAAUGAAUCAAGUGAGCGUACCCAGUAUGAGUAACAUCUUCACAAAUCAGCCGGGUACGUCAGCUACAUCGAUUACCAUUGAUCAAUCGUUUGCCACGAAGUCUAAUGUUCAACGUCGAGGUUUGACCAAGACAGAGGGUCCGUUGCACAAUGACAGAGGAUUCCUGUACGAUUUACAGCAAGGCAUAUCGAAUCAAUCACUAGGCGCCUCUGUAUUCGGAUCGGGCCACAGUUAUGUUAUAGAAACGUAUACGGAUCCGUAUGUACCUACUGAAUUAAUCGCUGCCGACAUGUCUUUGUCUACAUUGUACCUGCAUGAGCUUCAUCAUAGACAAGUAAGAAGAAGGGGUUACCAAGAAAUGGCAACGAGAAGUAUAUGGCAGCGAAGUCCGAUUCAAGAACUAGCAACGCUUCCCGAGGUUAGGCAAGAAAGAAUACCGCUUCUGUUGCAUCAAGAUUCUUCUUUAAGAAAGAACUGAGAAUCCUAACACUAGAAAUUUUCCAUUUAAAUAGCGUCCGAUUCGCGCAAUGGCCGUCAUUUUUUAGAAGAAUAAAGUGGUUUUUAUCUGUUUUAUUAUGA